CUAGGUUAGUGGUCCGACAGGCAGUGACGGUGGAGAGAGAAACUGGGUCACCGAUCGAAAACCGUUUAUGUCACAGGCUCUCGGACGGGUUGCUAUCACACAGAACCGGCGGCUCCCCAAUGGAUAGACGAACCUCACCGGAUCUGCUGUGUAGACGGCUCGCACCAGCUGCUUAAGGAUCAGAUCGUAUUGCCGCAUCAAACUGGAUGAAACUAGGUCAGGCUUGAAUCAAACCGAGACUCAGACCAGAUCAGAACAGAGCAGACCAGACUGAUCCAGGCGACGACACCACCGCCAGGCCCGUCCAGGAGGCCUGUUCCAGUUUCCUAUCCAGUCGAGGGCUCGAGAGUGGAUGGAAGGAGAUGAUUUUAACACAGAGGCUGUGAUGAACAUCUGUGAUGACCUGAUGGCAGACCAAAGGAUGGACAUCUCGUCUACUAUGACUGACUUCAUGUCCCCCGGCUCCACCGACCUCAUCUCCAGCUCCAUCAGCACACCCGGCAUGGACUACACCCGCAAGAGGAAGGGCAGCACCACCGACUACCAAAUCGAUGGCUUUUCAUUUGAUGACAUGGACCCAGACAAAGAUAAACUGGGAAGUGACCAACAGGGCCGGAUUAAGAAUGCCAGAGAGGCGCACAGCCAGAUCGAGAAGCGUCGCCGGGACAAGAUGAACAGCUUCAUCGACGAGCUGGCGUCGCUGGUGCCCACCUGUAACGCCAUGUCCCGCAAGCUGGACAAGCUGACGGUCCUGCGCAUGGCCGUGCAGCACAUGAAGACACUCAGAGGUGCAGCCAACCCGUACACAGAGGCCAACUACAAGCCCUCGUUCCUGUCAGACGAUGAACUGAAGCACUUGAUACUGAGGGCUGCUGACGGUUUCCUGUUCGUGGUCGGCUGUGAUCGUGGAAAAAUCCUCUUCGUUUCCGAAUCGGUCUACAAAAUUCUGAACUACAGUCAGAACGACCUGAUAGGUCAGAGCCUGUUCGACUACCUUCACCCCAAGGACAUCGCCAAGGUCAAAGAGCAGCUUUCCUCCUCCGACACGGCUCCGCGAGAGCGGCUCAUCGACGCUAAGACUGGACUCCCAGUGAAGACUGACAUCACGCCCGGUCCGUCCAGACUCUGCUCCGGAGCCAGGCGGUCGUUUUUCUGCAGGAUGAAGUGCAACAGGCCGUCGGUCAAAGUCGAGGAUAAAGACUUUCCCUCGACCUGCUCGAAGAAAAAAGCGGACCGCAAGAGCUUCUGCACCAUCCACAGCACGGGCUACCUGAAGAGCUGGCCGCCCACCAAGAUGGGCCUCGACGAGGACAACGAGCCCGACAACGAGGGCUGCAACCUGAGCUGCCUGGUGGCCAUCGGCCGCCUGCACCCGCACAUUGUCCCCCAGCCGAGCCUGGCGGACAUCAGGGUGAAGCCCACCGAGUACGUCUCCCGGCACGCCAUCGACGGCAAGUUCGUCUUCGUGGACCAGAGAGCCACGGCCAUCCUCGCCUACCUGCCCCAGGAGCUGCUGGGAACCUCCUUCUACGAGUAUUUCCACCAGGACGACAUCGGCCACCUGGCGGAGUGCCACAGACAAGUGCUGCAGAUGAGAGAGAAGAUCAACACCAACUGUUACAAGUUCAAGAUCAAAGACGGCUCCUUCAUCACGCUGAGGAGCCGAUGGUUCAGCUUCAUGAACCCCUGGACCAAGGAGGUGGAGUACAUCGUCUCCACCAACACCGUCGUCUCGUGUCCUAUGAUGGAAGGAUCGGACUACCCUCAAUCUGCUGCCUCGCCGCAGAGCAUGGACAGUGUUCUCACCUCAGAGGGCGGAGGAAGGCGAGCGCUGCAGACGGUGCCCGGCAUUCCCGGAGGCACGAGAGCGGGAGCCGGCAAGAUCGGACGCAUGAUCGCAGAGGAAGUGAUGGAGAUCCAGAGGAUUCGAGGCUCCUCCCCGUCCAGCUGUGGCUCCAGCCCUCUGAACAUCACCAGCACUCCUCCACCCGACACCUGCUCUCCAGGAGGAAAGAAGAUCCAGAAUGGGGGGACGCCCGAGCUGCCGAGCACGGGGAUCAUUCCUGGACCCGAUUCUGUGGGCUACCCGUACUCCAACCAGUCCAUCAUGAGCGACAACUCCCACCUGAGCAUAGACAUCAUGGACGAUCCUGGUUCCAGCAGCCCCAGCAACGACGAGGCGGCCAUGGCCGUCAUCAUGUCCCUGCUGGAGGCGGACGCCGGCCUGGGCGGCCCCGUCGACUUCAGCGACCUGCCCUGGCCUUUGUGAGGAAGCAGGGAGGGCGGAGGAAGAGGAGGAGGAGGAGGAGAGGGAGCCACUGAUGGAGAGAGUUCCUGCCCUCCGUACGCAACUACACUGCAAAAAAAAAAAACAACCUCCGUCUUUACAGAUGACUUUCUAUCGAGGGUGUAGACGCUGAAGAUUGUUCUUUGUUUCCGAGAAGCACUACACACACACGAGAGGAGACGAGGCUCUGGCCGCUGUUCAGGAUUACUUUUUGACUCAUUAUUCCCUGAAGGUGGACGAGAGACAAAGAGUUGCGUCAAGUUGAUCCUUUUUUUGCAGCGUUAGUUGCCCCCUAAUGUUGCCACGACGAGAGACCGUUCGACUGAACGAACCCGGCGAAAAGUGGCAUCUCGAAGUUCUCAAAGGAUCGCGGGGCUAAAGCAUCCGAACUCUGGCUCUCCGACCCCUCGAUCCAACCCAGGACUCCUGAGACGUUCACAAACGGUGGUUGAAGUUUGAUAACGAGGGGUCCCUCGUCAUCUCUUGACUGUACGUACAAGUCUCCUCGUUGGGAAGUCGGUUGGCUGUUUUUAGCCUCACCGCACCGGUUACCCUCCGGACAUUCACCUGGAAGAUUCUCAGAGGUCCUUUAUUCCCAACGAAACACCGCCAAGCUGCUGUUUCUUCAACUAACACCAACGUUAACACGUUCUUGUUGUUUUUUUUUUCUUUGAAGCUCCUCACUAAAUUAUAUUUUCCCAGAAGAGUCGAGCGGAUUCUGUAUUCCCCGAGUUUAAAAUGUUAAAAUACGAUUCGACGCUAACCCGAAUGGAGAGAUAACAUCGGCGCUGGCGGCUGCGUGACACGCCACCAACCAACGCAGUUUUAUACGAGCUUGAACUUAGUACGAAGUAAAGAACUGGGACAAAGCUCGACCAUCAGCUAACUCUGAGCUGGUUUCCAGUAUGUCGAGUGUUCAAACGGGCCCGAAACACGUCCAGGGGAAACGCCGUUUCACACUCCAGUUGUUCGUGAACGUCCCGAGACAACACGGUUAGGCUGAAUAUGAUUUCGGCCCGGUUCUGGACUUGCACAGCUUUCUUUCUUAGUGUGUUGAUGGCUGGAAGUGAAGCUCUGGCAACCAUUAUGACAAAGAAUCGGACUGUAAAAGUCGAGGAGAUGGGGGAGAAAAAAAGCGGGACGCUGCAGUUUGGAGUGCAGGUUUGCACCCGCCCGACGUUGUUUAUCGGCGGUGUCUCCACCUGCUCAUCUUACCCGUACAAAGCACCUAAGAUGCAGUCGGUAAACUCUAGUCGCUCAACAGGAGUGCUGACGCUGAGAUUUGUGAUCCGAACAUUUAAAAAGAGAGAUCGGACACAUCGGUCGUCGGGACCUGAGGCUUCGGUUUAAGAGCCGCCCACCUCUGACUUGUUUUACCGGAGUUGGGAGAAGUUUAAAAAAAAAAAAAAAAACCCCUGAGUUAAAUUCUGCUGCAGAAACGAUUCAGUGAGUUGCUCAUGAAUUUGGUCUGUUUAGCACUUAACUGUCAAUGCAAACUACCUUAUCAGCAGCAGAGAGGGCUACGAUGUGAACGCACAGAUACAUGUAGAGACGAAGGCGAUCGAGCAGCGUCAGGUUCUGGACGCGUUUAAAAAAAAAAUUAAUGAAUAAAUGAAUAUCCUCAACACGACGUCUUCGACCUCGCCGGCUCUCUGCUGCUUUUUUGUUGUCGGUUUGUGAUUGGAGGCGGACACCUCGAGAGAAAUCGAGCUCGCCCGUGUGGACGGAAAAGAUUCAACCGAUGCCAGAAUGUGUCCGGAAAGAUGAAUUUUACUGAAUAUGUUGGAAAAUGUUUGCGUGUGUACUCUGACAUGACAUGAAACAAACACGAUUCAGUUCAGCUUUAACACACUUUGUGUCUUUGUUCGUCUAACUCUGCCUCUCGUUUGUUACCGUUCAAGUCACACAGUUGAGCGUCACUGUUUCUCACCGCUGCUCUGAAGGAGAUUUCUCGACUCUUUAACUCGUCUCGAUGGAUAAAUUAUGAACUUGUUUAUGUCUUUACGUUAUCAGGUGGCUGGAAAUCAUGUAAGCUCUUUGUUUUGGAAGGAAAAGUUUCUGUGAGACGACAAAUUUUGUGCCAAAGUUCGAACAGUUUCUGUUCUUGUUUUUUUUUUCUCUCACUGGUUUGAGGUUUGUUGGUCUGACCACAUGGAGUAAGAACUGAACACCAUGACAUCAACAGCACAGAAACUUAGGAGUCAUGAUCAAUGAACGAACCUUCUCCGAUCACGUCGCCUCGGUUGGACUUCCCAGUCAGAAAAAUCAGCUUUACCUGACUCAACAUGUUUACCCUCCUGAUUCAGGCUGUGGUGAUCUCUAGAUUACUGUACCGCCCUCCUGACGGGCCUCCAAGCCUGCUCGGUAAAACCCUUUCAGAUGAUCCAGAACGUAGCUGUAUGCCUGGUUACCCCGCUGCUCAUCGAGCUGCAAGGUCUACCUGUAGCAGCCCACAUUAAAUUUAAAUCCCCAACGCCGACUACAAAGUAAUCUCCGGUUCUUGAACGUCCUCGUACAGACAGAUGUUACCUCCUCCUGGCUCUGCCGCCUGUACGCUCAGGACAGUGCAAACUUUUAACAUCUGUUGUUCCCCGUUGGUCCUACUAGUUCCUACCAAAUCAGGGGCGUCCCUCUCUACUUUCACAAACCUCCUGAAGACCUUUUUGUACCAGGCUGUAAACAUGUUUAUUUCUGCUGUGAAGUUUUGAACAUGGGGACUUAUGGAGACUGACUCACUUCUGGAUUUUUUUGUUUGUUUGUUUUUGUUUUUUGGCUCUUAAUGUCCGUUCAAAUUUCAAAAUUCACGCUGUCGCGUCGUUUUCCGGCCUUCGUCUUCGGUUUAGACGGCGUUCGGUCACAUGGUUCAGACGAGUGACGCUCGGCUGUUGGACUUGGAAAAAUUCACGAGAGGCACAAACUGGACGACCGUUUUCCUUCCACACGGGCAGAAAGUUUUUAAUCUCUCACUCUACAUUUGACGUUUGUUUUGAGUUCUGUCUGAUUGGCGAUGCAAAACGGCGUAAUGGUCCAAUCAGUUCCUGUGUCGCCCCGCCGUGAUUUACGCGAUGGUUUUCAGUCGGUUGGGUUGAAACCGGACUGUUUACUGAGCUCAGGCUCCGCCCACCUCCUCCUGUCCUCCUCCAAUCAUGCGUCAGCAGCCGGUGAGGUCCCUCCUCCUCCCCUCACCUGUACCUGUUCUAGUGGUUUUUCUGUUUCAAUGUUUUCACGAUACACACUACAAUAAAGUGCCCCUCCUCCUCCUUGUUGAUAUCCACCUGACAAUAAUGUAUCAAAUCUUUAAAUAUUAUCAUGUUAAGAGUAUACUUUAUGCAAAUAUAUGAGUAUGAUGAGUGUAUUGUAUGUAUCAGCAGUGAAAUAUUUUUAAAAUAAAAUUAUUUGUUUCUGUCA